AUGACGUCAUCUACUCAUAAGCAAUAUGUUAGCAUUUNGCCCCAAGAUAUGCCUUCUUUCAUUUAUGAUUUGGAGUCCUAUCCUGCUUUCUUUGAUAUGGUAGUCGCUGGUCAGUUUGCUACUAUUGACAAAGCUGAUUUCGUUCUUUGCAACACUUUUUAUGAGUUGGAGAAAGAGGUUGUGGACUGGCUUGCUAAGCUUUGGCCAUUAAAGACAAUUGGACCAACCAUACCGUCCAUGUACUUGGAUAAGCGACUUGAAGAUGAUAAAGUCUAUGGCUUUAGCAUCUUUGAGCCAAAUAGUGAAGCUUGUAUGAAAUGGUUAAAUGAUCGGGAAGAAGGGUCAGUUGUUUAUGUGUCUUUCGGCAGUUUGGCUGCAUUAGAAGCUGAGCAAAUGGAAGAACUUGCUUGGGCUCUAAAACAAAGUGACAAAUAUUUCCUGUGGGUAGUUAGAGCAUCCGAAGAGGCUAAAAUACCAAAAAACUUCCCGGAGAAGACGUCAGAAAAGGGCUUGAUGAUCAAUUGGUGUCCCCAAUUAGAGGUAUUAGCACAUGAAGCAAUGGGAUGUUUUGUUACACAUUGUGGAUGGAACUCAACUUUGGAGGCAUUAAGUUUGGGAGUUCCAAUGGUGGCAAUGCCACAAUGGACAGACCAAAGCACUAAUGCUAAGAACAUAAUGGAUAUGUGCAGAAUGGGACUCAAAGCUCCGGCUGAUGAGAAAGGAAUUGUUAGAAAAGAAGCAAUAGAGCAUUGCAUUAAGGAAAUUUUGGAGGGUGAGAGAGGGAAGGAGAUUAAAGAGAAUGCAGGUAAGUGGAAGAAAUUGGCCAAAGAGGCCAUGGCUAAAGGUGGAAGUUCUGAUAAAAAUAUUGAGGAAUUUGUAGCUAACUUAAUUAGCUUUAAAUGA